GGGUCUCACCUCCUCCGGCCAAUCACGGCUCUGCCAGGCUGAGGGAGCCAGCGCUCGGGGAGCGGAGGGAGCGCCUGGGACCCUUCUCGCCGGCUGCGGGCGGCGUCUUCAUUUUGCACACGGCGGUAACUCCUGAGGUUCCUGUGCGCUGAGCACGCCGUACGCCGGGCUGGCACAGAAGCCCAGGAGCCGGAACUGUGGUUCGUGGUGCGGUCGCACGGAAGGGUCCCCGCGUUCCUGCUCGGGGUCGCUAUGAAGGCCUUGUUUGGGCAGCAGAAUUCACCUGGAGAGGAAAUGACUUUUGUGUUCCAGGAAAGAGAAAACCUCCCUCCCCCCGGGGACCACGAGGUGAAGGUGCAAGUGAGAGCCUGUGCCCUGAGCUGGGUGGACACAAAGCUUCUGUCAGAAAUUAAGCUGAAGAAGGAACUUGUGCCUGUGGGGCGAGAGAUUUCUGGAGUGGUGCUGGAAGUUGGGAGCAAGGUGACCUUUUUCCAGCCGGAUGAUGAAGUGGUGGGAAUUUUACCUCUGGAUUCUGAGGAGUCUGGUCUCUGUGAAGUUAUCCUGGUUCACGAGCAUUAUUUGGUGCAGAAGCCAGAGAAGGUUUGCUGGGCUGCAGCAGCCGGGACGGUGCGGGAUGGGCUCCGGGCCUACACAGCCCUGCACUACCUGGCCCAGGCCUCUCCUGGGACAACUGUGCUCGUGCUGGAUGGAGCCAGUCCCUUCGGCACCAUCGCGGUUCAGCUGGCCCAGCACAGAGGGGCCAAAGUCGUCUGCACUGCCCACAGCCCGGAGGACAAGCAGUUCCUGGAGAGGCUCAGGCCUCCCGUGGCCCGGGUGAUCGACGUGGCCCACGGCAAGAGAGACGUGGCCGAGAGCUGCCUGGAGGAGACGGGAGGGCUGGGAGUGGACAUUGUGCUGGAUGCUGGAGUGAAAUUAUAUAGUGCUGAAGAUGAAUCAGCUUCAAAAUCCCAGCUGCUGCCUCACAAGCACGACAUCAUCACUCUGCUUGGGGUUGGGGGACACUGGAUAACAACAGAAAAAAACCUUCAGCUGGAUCCUCCAGACAGCCAUUCCUUGUUCCUUAAAGGAGCCACGGUGUCCUUCCUGAACGAGGAGAUCUGGAACUUGUCCAACGUGCAGCAAGGGAAGUAUCUCUCCAUCCUAGAAGAUAUCAUGGAGAAAUUAUCAAGUGGCAUUUUCAGGCCUCAGCUGGAUGAACCGAUCCCACUGUACGAGGCCAAAGUUUCUAUGGAGAUUGUUCAGAAGAAUCAAGCCAGAAAAAGACAAGUCAUCCAGUUCUGACAGGCAAUCUCCUGAUUUCUAAGCCUGUGGGAGACAAAGAAACGUAAUAUAUUUGUGGAGUGAAUCAGUGUACACUUUCAGACAGUUCUGUAAGCAGAAUUUAAACAUCCUUUGUACCUCAGCACAAAUGGUCUCGAAGCUCCUGUGACUUCAGGGUUUUUUUUUUAAUCCACAUGAGCAGAAUGUUCCCAUCAGCAGCUUCCAGAGAAGCAGCCUUGACCUACAGAUCUUGUCUGCCCUGCCCCAGUUACAAACAUCAGUAACAUCUGCAGGCAAACCCAGCUGCUGUUGGGUUUCAACUGUAAGAAAUAAAAGGGGAAAAAAAAAUCAUCCAGAACCACAAUUAAUCUCUUUUCUGUCACUCACUGGAUUUGGAGCAGGUUCCUGAUAAAUGAUGCACGGGAAGCGUAUGAGAACAGGAGGAAAUCUGAUUUUACUGCUCUUGUGAUGUAAUGCAGCCCCAAAAAGAAGUGAUGCUGUCAUGCACGUGUGUACACACAUGUCUAAAGCACGUGAACCCUCCCUUAGUGCCACAGUUAUUCUGAAACCUUGUACCCAACUGUUGAUUUUUGUCUGAUGCUCCUCAUUUGAGCCUAAAUGUUUGCAAGAUAAAGCAGACCACAGGAAACAAGAAAUUAAAAAAUU